AUGGAUCAGAUCCUGCAAGGACUACCAGGGGUCUUCUGUUACCUGGAUGAUAUCAUUAUAACCGGCCAUACCAUAGAGGAACACCUGGAGCGGUUAGUCGCAGUAUUGAAGAGGUUGGAAGAGUAUGGUUUGAAAGCCAACCGAGAAAAGUGUAAAUUCCUUAGAAGUUUUGUGGAGUACCUAGGACACGUCAUCUCUGCAGAAGGACUGCACCAAUCCCCAAAGAAAGUAAAGGCUAUCACUGAGAUGCCGAAACCUCAGGAUGUUACUCAACUGCGUGCUUUUCUUGGCAUGGUCCAGUAUUACGCCAAAUUCUUGCCCGAUCUGGCCACUCAUCUUGCUCCACUUCAUCGGCUGUUACAGAAAGAUGUGACGUGGUUGUGGGGAGCUGCGGAACAAACUAGUUUUCUUGUGGUGAAAGAAAUGUUGCUACAGGAUAGGGUUCUGAUGCGCUAUGACCCUGACUCACCACUAGUUCUUGCCACAGACAGCUCCUCGUAUGGUCUCAGAGCGGUCUUGUCACACCGUACUGCUGAGGGAGUAGAGCGUCCUAUCGCUUAUGCGUCCCGGUCCCUGUCCGAAACAGAGAAGAAGUUCUCACAAAUCGAAAAAGAAGCAUUAUCUUUGGUCUGGGGUGUGAAGAAGUUCCAAAUGUACCUGGAGGGUCGCCACUUCACCUUGGUCACCGACCAUCAGCCUUUGAAGUACAUAAUGGACCCCGGGAAGGCUGUGCCAGUCACAGCAGCAGCGAGGAUUCAACGUUGGUGUCUCUUCCUAGGAGCUUUUUCAUACAAUAUCGAGUUCCGAGGUACCAAGCAACAUGCCAAUUGUGAUGGUUUAUCUCGCCUACCCCAACCAUCAGCGCCCGCUGACAAGCCCGAUGAAGUUGAAAUAUUCCAUACCACCGUUGUCGAGGCCCUCCCCGUUACAGAGCACGACUUGAGAAUGCAGACCCGUAGGGAUCCAGUACUUUCCCGUGUUCUGGAGCUUGUGCAGUCAGGAUGGCAAGGGACCGAACUUCACCCAGAGCUCAUCCACUAUGCCCAUUGCGGUAACAAAAUCACGAUUCAUCAUGGAGUUCUAAUGUGGGGUAGUAGAGUAGUCGUCCCAGCCAAACUGAGAGAGAGAGUUUUGGAAACGCUUCACGAGGGUCACAUUGGUAUGGUCAAGAUGAAGGGUUUGUCCCGGGGUUUUGUUUGGUGGCCAAACAUUGACAAGGACAUAGAAGGGGCCGUCCGAAACUGUGAGGGAUGUCAAGAGUUGGCAAAUAAUCCAGCCCGUGCACCCCUGCAUCGAUGGGAGUACCCUUCCCUUCCCUGGCAAAGACUGCAUAUUGACUUUGCCGGACCAGUCGAGGGAAAGAUGCUCAUGGUAGUGGUCGAUGCCCACAGCAAGUGGCCAGAGAUUUUCGUGAUGGAGAUCACCACUGCUGAAGAAACCGUUAGCACGCUGCGCUCUCUGUUUGCCCGCAUGGGACUCCCUGACCAGAUGGUGUCAGAUAAUGGUCCACAGUUCACGUCUGAAACCUUUAGGAAAUUUACAACUGCGAACGGUAUAAAGCAUGUCACUGGUGCACCUUACCAUCCAUCAACCAAUGGUCAGGCGGAAAGAUUAGUACAGAGUUUCAAGAAAGGAGUUAAGGCUGACAAGUCCAGUAGAACCCUGCAACACAAGCUUGAUAGGUUCCUGUUAGCUUAUCGAUCAGCGCCACACGCCACUACUGAGCUUAGCCCUGCACAGCUUCUCCUGGGUCGGAAUGUUAAGACAAGGUUGGACCUGAUUAAGCCGGAUGUUUCAAGAAAAGUUAACAAGAAGUUGCUCCAGCCCAAUGACUGCACUUUAAAGUCUUUUGACCAAGACCAGAACGUAUGGGUCCGCAACUACCGCAGAGGUCCAAAAUGGGUGCGUGGCACCGUCAUUGAACAAACGGGUCCAGUCCUGUACAAAGUCAAGGUAAACGACCAAACCUGGAAACGUCAUGUCGAGCAGCUACGGGAUAGCAAUCUUUGCCCACCUGACGCGGAAACGAUUGAUGAUUGUGCUGUUCCGGAGGAGGUCGAACAUGACACACCGCCUGUAGCUACGGAGACUGAGUGGAAGGAUGCACCACCUUUGGCUGUGACGCCUAUUGGGGAGUUUUCCCCUCCAGAACCACAAGGUCAUCAACUAGAUCCGAAACCUGAAUUGAUUACCACCCGUGCCGGUCGUUUGGUUAAACCACCUCCUAAGUUGAAGGACUAUGUUUGCGGCUAG